UUCCCACUUCAUGACGGCGCGCAUCGUAAAAUUACUUGCAGUAGAUCCUUACAACCGGUGCACGAAUUUAACAUGGCUGAACAAGAGCUUGCAGUAGUGGAAUCCCCAAAGAAGCAAACCAGAAGUACCUCUGGGAUCAAGAACUUCCUUGCUGGAGGAUUUGGUGGAAUAUGUUGCGUAGUAUCUGGCCAUCCCUUGGACACAAUUAAGGUUCGCCUUCAAACUAUGCCUCAACCUGAACCAGGACAGAAGCCAAUGUUCUCUGGAACACUUGACUGUGCCUUGAAGACAGUUAGGAAAGAGGGAAUUCUUGGUUUGUAUAAAGGAUUGGCUGCUCCAGUUGUGGGUGUGGCACCAAUAUUUGCAAUCUGUUUCUGGGGAUUUAACACCGGUAAAAAAUUACAGCUCAAGAACCCUCAUGAUGAACCAACGUAUUUUCAAAUCUUGACAUCAGGCUUUUUUGCUGGAGUUUGUACAACAGCUAUUAUGGCUCCAGGAGAAAGAAUCAAGUGUAUUUUACAGAUCCAACAAGCUUCUGGAGCGGAGAAGAAAUACGCUGGCCCAGCCGAUGUGGUGAAGAAACUUUACAAGCAAAGUGGAAUCAGAGGAGUGUACAAAGGAACAUGUGCUACUUUACUGAGAGAUGUACCUGCUACUGGAAUGUACUUUAUAUCAUAUGAGUUUCUUCUAAAUGCACUAACUCCUGAAGGAAAGACUCGAAAAGAUGUUGGUGCUUUAAAAAUCCUUUGUGCUGGAGGAGUGGCAGGCAUGAUGAACUGGACUGUAGCUAUAGCUCCUGAUGUGUUGAAGUCUCGCUUACAAACAGCACCUGAGGGAAGUUAUCCUAAUGGCGUCAGAGAUGUGUUUAGACACAUGAUGCGCGAGGAAGGCCCUAAGGCACUAUUCAGAGGAUUAACACCAGUCAUGCUCAGAGCUUUCCCAGCAAAUGCGGCUUGCUUCCUUGGUUUUGAACUCGCUAUGAAAUUCUUCGACUGGAUUGCGCCAAACUGGUGAUCUGGAACCGAGCGGCUGUCAACACUGACUCGAUUUUGUUUCGCUGACAUUCUGUGUCCAUGGCAACGACGAUUUCCCGCGUAAAAGCCGUUCUACGAAGUUUUAUUUAGCCAUUGGAAAUCAACCAUCUGCAUGAAUUAACUUUUGACUUCAAUAUAAGCCUCUUGAACAUAAUACCAAAAACGUUGCUAGGGAACCUUCUAGACCCAAAAAUCAUGUCUUGGUGCAAGUACUGUAUACUACUGUGUAACUUAUAAGUCGUCAUUGGUCUCAGAUACAGUAUUUAUUGACUGUUUUAGACGUCCGUGGCCACUAAAGCAUAAUUCAAUGUGCCUUUGUUCACCGGUUGGACAGUGUGAAAUGGUUUUUCACGAUUGUUUGAAGUUUAAGUUGAAUGUCUAACAA